GGGAAUUGCCGUGGCACGCUCCUGCCAUGACAACCAUCAGCGACCUGCCCGAGGAUGUGCUGGUGGAGCUGCUGUCGCUGCUGCCCUGCCGGGAGUUGGUGCGUACCUGCCGCCUGGUGUGCUCGCAGUGGAGAUACGUGGUGGACCUGACCACCCUCUGGAAGAGAAAGUGUCAGCGCGAUGGGUUUUAUCGUCAGAGCCUGGACAGAAGCAUCUCUGACUGGAGGGUCUUCUAUAUGCUCUGCUACUUGAAGAGAAACUUAAUCAAAAACCCCUGUGCUGAAGAGAAAUUUGAACACUGGAGACUUGACCGUAAUGAAGGAGAUAAAUGGAAAAUUGAGAAUCUGCCUGGAGCUCAUGGAACUGAGAUGCCAGACUCCACAGUACACAAAUACUUUGUCACUUCGUUUGGGCCAUGCUUGAAGUCUCAACUCAUUACCCUGAAGAAAGAAGGAUACUGGAAUCAGCUGAUGGAUGAGAAACGGCCUGAAAUUGUAGUCAAGGACUGGUAUGCUGCCAGGUUUGACUGCGGGUGCCGCUACGAGCUCACCGUGCGGCUGCUCUCGGAAGAUCACAUCGUCCUGGAGGAGUUCCGGCCUGAGCCAGUGGUGAUAGAGCAGUGGAGUGAUGCCAGGUGGAGAGAGAUUUCUCACACGUUCCGGAACUACCCAGCUGGAGUUCGUUACAUCUUGUUUCAGCAUGGAGGUCAUGACACCCAGUACUGGGCAGGAUGGUAUGGGAUCCGUGUGACAAACAGCAGCAUCACCAUUGGGCCCCACACGUCCUCAUGA